AUGAUCCAGGCUAUCCAAGUGCUGAGAUUUCAUCUCCUGGAGUUAGAAAAGGUUCACGACCUCUGCGACAACUUCUGCCACCGCUACAUCACCUGCCUCAAAGGCAAGAUGCCCAUCGACUUGGUGAUCGAUGACCGAGACGGAGGGUCCAAGUCCGACCUGGAAGACUUCGGGGCUGCUUCUGAUCUCCAAGAUGAGCACCCGAACUCCUGGAUCCGAGACCACGAUGAGACGGGAUCGACCCCCUCAGGGACGCCGGGACCCUCCAGCGGUGGGAUUGCCUCCCAAAGUGGAGACAACUGCAGCGAGCAAGGAGAUUGCCUGGAUAACAGCGUGGCCUCCCCCAGCACGGGAGAAGACGACGACCUGGACCGGGAGAAGAAAAGAAACAAGAAACGUGGCAUUUUCCCCAAGGUGGCCACGAAUAUCAUGCGCGCCUGGCUUUUUCAACACUUGUCGCACCCUUAUCCCUCAGAAGAACAGAAGAAACAGUUAGCCCAGGACACGGGACUGACGAUCCUGCAGGUCAACAACUGGUUUAUUAAUGCCCGACGGCGCAUAGUUCAACCUAUGAUCGACCAAUCAAAUCGCACAGCAGGUCAAGGUACGCCAUACAGUCCCGACGGGCAGCAAAUGGGAGGUUAUGUUAUGGAUGGGCAGCAGCGCAUGACAAUUCACCCCCCAGGACCAAUGGGAAUGGCUAUGGGUAUGGAGGGUCAGUGGCAUUAUAUGUGAA